CGAUAUGGAUGACGUGUGAUGUCACUGUCUUUAUUUUUCUGUAUUUUUCUGUUGGAAACUUCGAACCAGGAUCUGAUGUAUCCGAGUUCGGAAAGUUAUGUACAAUACGUACGAACCAGAGAACAUGCGGUUCUUCGUUCUUUCACAAAAAGACCCACUCCGCUUCCAAAAAUCCUAUUCUACCGUAGUACCGUACCGGCUGGUAKUGUAGGAACGGCACCGGCUGGUACGGACUCCUUUCACUCGAAAACUGAUACGAGUACUACCCGGACUGUACUACUGAACUGUUCGUACCGUACGUACGGUAGGGACCAUACUUCUUUACUGUACGUGCAAUCAAUAUCUUCAUGUUCUUUGGUCAGGUCUCGAUGAAAGAAGCUUGAAACUUCGCAUUGCGUUUGAAGUUCAUCAAAUUAUCAACCAGCAACACAUACCAAGGUUGUUUCUCCAAUGAGCAGCGAUACACCAACAGAUUCUUCAAGUGGAAGUCGCACCGACGACAAUGGGUGCGGCAUCCCCGUCAUCGAUUUAUCGCCGGACCGAGACGAGACAAAGAUCGCAUCGGAGCUCCUCGAUGCCUUUUCCACGAUCGGCUUCUGCACCCUGAUCCACCAUGGCGUUCCCUCCGAGAUCUUUCGAAAGGCCUUUCUUGCCUCAAAGAGUUUUUUUGAGCUGCCUCUCGCCACAAAGCUAAGGUACAAAUACAAGUCUCCCGCAGCGAACCGCGGAUACAUUCCCUACGGUUCCGAGAAACACGACAAGGACGGGGAGGGGCGCUUCCUGCCGGCGGAUCGAGGCGAAACAGAAACAAUUGCCAUCACACCGGACCAAAAAGAAACCAUGGACAUUGGCUACGACGACCCCUCUGCUAUCCCUUCAGAGAAGGACGGGGUGUACGCCAACGAGUGGCCCACCGAAUUGUCCCCGGACGUCUUUCGCGGUGCUCUCGAGACCUACUUUGAGGAAAUGGAUAACUUGAACCUGCGCUUGAUGCACUACAUCGGGGAGGCCCUCGGCUUGCCGGAUGGGGGACGCGGCCUAGUGGAGCAGUGCAACGCCAAACCCCAAAACCUGCGGCUCCUGCACUACCCAAGCACGGUUCGCGACCAGGGCACCGGCGGUGACACGGUGCUCCGCGGAAACGCCCACACGGAUUUCGGCACGCUGACGCUGCUCGCACAGGACUCGGUGGGCGGCCUCAAGGUGCGGCGGGCCGACGGAACCUGGACAAGCGUCCGGCCGGUGGAGGACUCGAUCGUCGUCAACGUUGGGGACAUGCUCAUGCGGUGGUCCAACGAUCGCCUCAAGGCCACGCUCCACAAGGUCGAGUCGCCCGAUGCGGCGACGGCAACCGCUGAAGUUUCGCCGUGUGCUAUCGUCCCGGAGCGGUAUUCGAUUGCCUUUUUCUGCAACGCGAACAAGGACGUCGAGAUCAAGAACUUGUUUCCAGACGAACCGGCAAAGUACGAACCCAUCAACGCUCACGAGUAUCUCACCCAGCGAUUGGCGGCAACUAUCUCAACAUAGAGAAGGGAACGAAUCGCAGGGGAAGUUUUCUAUUGCGGCCGCACUAUGAUUCGAUACACCAUAAUAAGUCGUUCGAUCCAAUGCAUCAGAACGAUGGCAUUAAUGGGAAAUGGGGAUAAUAAUCUGCAUCGCAGCUG